GAUACCAGUUAACGUGUUCAUGUGUUGCUUAGAAAUAGUUAAAUAGAAUCGAUUAAAAAUAUAUUUCCAUUCCUGAAGGACAAUGAAAUUGAGAAAAAUUGCAAGUGCUAAUGUGCUAUUUGGUUGUUUUAAUAGUGUGUUCUUUAUAUGUGGUUUUGCACAAGUGGUUUGCGGCUUCUUUCUACUAUGCGACACUCGAAGGGUUCUACUUUCGCGUUUAUUAGCAACACCGGAAGAUGGCUUGGAAGAGCCACCAUUUUAUUAUGUAGCAUUAGCUUUGCUUGCAUCUGGUCUCACGAUAUGCACGUUAGCGUCUUUGGGCGUCUGGGCUACUUGUAUGCCGGGAUAUAUUGUGCUGACAUUCUAUUUUCUAGUUGUGUUAUCCUUACUUCUCUGUGAUUGCGCGGCCGGAGUUAUUUCUGCAAUCUGGCCUAGAUGUUUUGGCAUUCAGAAUACGCGAGGUGGCUCUGUUGGAGCAUUGCAGGGUUAUUAUGGUGUUCCUGACUAUGAGGAUUUCACCACUGCCGUGGAUCUUGCUCAAACUGAGUUAAAAUGUUGCGGCAUGACAAGUGCCCGUAACUACGACAUGUCGAUAUGGCAGUUACGGCGUUUGGGCCCACGCGGUAUGUCUGUUCCGUUGAGCUGCUGCGUGCAAGGCGAAGAGGAGUCCUACCUCAAUCCGGCGCCUGUUAACCAGUCCAGGUGUCAGGAGGUUACGCCAAAUGCCCAGUUUAGAUAUGUACCGGGAUGUCUGAUGAAGUUAGAAGAUUGGUAUCAAGAUCAAUAUUUCAUAUUGAUGAUUGCACUUUUUGUCGGCGCUAUCUUCAAAUUAGGGAUUUUACUUACCACAGUAUUCUCUUGCAUUCAACUCAGGAAACAUCGCAGAGUCAAAAUGUUCGUGAAUGAUAAAAAAGAAAAUAUUUAUGAACGCACAGACGAGCCGAUAACGACGAAAUACAUACAGCCUAAUAACUUCUACAGUCCCCGGGUGAGGAACCCCAGACUCUUUCAUACAAAACCCAACGAAAUGGUCUGAGAAUUAGCCAUGGAGAUAAAUACUUUAGAGAAAAAAUUGGAUAAAUUCUCCGAUUUAUUGUACAAACAUCAGGCCGAGUCUAUUAUGUGGUAGUUUUAGCCAUAAUCUACUGAAGACUGAUUAUUUAUUUACUUACCCGUAUAGGAACAUAUGUUAUAAAACAUUAAGAGGUUACAUUGCCAUACUGGACGAUCAUUCCUAUAUUAUAUGUUUUAAAACCGCCACAUUCAUUCUGCUUCUUUCACCAUACCUAUGAACUCUAAAGUAUUUAGCUCCAUGUGCAGAAUUAUUUAGUUUUAAGCUUCUUUUAUGCAUUAUAAAUAAAAUUAAACACAAUA